GGGGCGUGGCCUCAUGUAGAAACCCUCCUCCGGAUUGGUGCAAAUCGUUAGGGCGGGGCCUCCACUCUGGCUGGGCGCGAAACCUCGAACGGUGUUGCCGGGCUGGAGACCGCGGGAGCGGCUGCGCUCCGGCUAAGGGACCAGGAGACCCGCUCCGUCACAAGCGAAGCGCUAGGAAGCCGGAGUCAUGACGGGCGAAGUACUUUCUGAGGUUCAUCUAGAAAUCAAUGAUCCAAAACUUAUCUCACAGGAAGAACCCGAUAGUCCUUCAGACAGUGGACAAGGCAGCUGUGGAACAAUUGUGCCCUUGAGUGAUGGAGAUUCAGAUGAAGAGAUAUUUGUGAGUAAGAAAUUGAAAAGCAGGAAGCUGCUACAAGACAGUGAUUCUGAAAGAGAGGACACAAAUGCUUUUCCAGAGAAAACUUACGACAGCGUUGAGGAGGAAAAUAAAGAGAACUUAUAUGCCAGAAAAAAUGGAAAAGUCAGAAGGAUUUACAAAACUCUGGCAGACAGUGCUGGAAGCGACACUGAGGAGUCUUUGUAUCAGGAAAAUCUUGAAACCCAGGUGACGCCUUGCUUAGAGCUGAGUCUCCAAUCUGAAAACUCUGUGGACUUUACAGUAGACAGAAAGAUUUCCAAAAAACCCAAACAUGAUAAAGAAAGAAUGGAAGGAAAAGCAAAAGUAAAAUCAAAGAGAAGACUUGAGAAAGAGGAAAAAAAGAUGGAAAAAAUCAGGCGGCUAAAAAAGAAGGAAACAAAAAAUGAGGAAGAUGAUGUGAAGCAGCCAUUUAAUGAUAGUGGCUGUCUUCUUGUGGAUAAAGACCUUUUUGAAACUGGAUUGGAGGAAGAAAAUAACUCUGCAUUAGAAGAUGAAGAGUCAUUAGAAUCGAUAAGGGCAGCUGUGAAAAACAAAGUAAAAAAGCACAAGAAAAAAGAGCUGUCUUUGGAGAGUGGGGUCUAUUCAUUUGAAGAAGAAACUGAGUUAUCGAAAGGCACCAUACGGAAGGAACGGAAGGCAGCCAAAUUAAGUAAGGAAGCGUUAAAAAAACUGCACAGUGAAACUCAGCGCCUUAUUCGAGAAUCUGCACUUAAUCUUCCAUAUCAUAUGCCAGAGAAUAAAACCAUUCAUGAUUUCUUCAAACGUAAACCUCGACCCACUUGCCAGGGAAAUGCCAUGGCGCUACUGAAGUCAUCUAAGUAUCAGUCAAACCAUCACAAAGAAACCAUAGACACUGUAAAUACAAGUGAGAUGAAUAAUGGCCACCAUAACAAAGAUUCUGAGCAGACAGUGUGUGUGGGACAUGAACUGGAAAUUAACGCACUCCCUGCAGUUUCAAAGGAACCCCAGAUCACUACUGGAUCAGGGGAAUCUUGUAGUAAGGAUAUGAUGGGAAGUGAAGAGCUAGAAAUUCAGGAGAAACAGAAGCAGGGUGAUGGCAGACCUCCACCUGAGGACAGCUCAGUGGCACAUCAGGAAUCCAACUUCCUCGGGAAUGAGGACAAUGAGGUGUGUCAGGCUGGAGGGCUUAUGGCACCUGAACCUCGUGCCCUGGAGGGAGAAGAAGGCCUGAAAAGAACAGAAGAAGCAGAUGAGAAGGUGGAAGAGCCCAAGCAGCAAACUAAAUCAGUAGUUGUGCCACUUGAAAAAGCAAGGAGGUUCACUCUGGAUAGACUUAAGCAACUGGGAGUAGAUGUUUCCAUUAAACCUCGGCUGGGUGCUGAUGAAGACUCCUUUGUGAUACUUGAAGAACCUGAAACCAACAGAGAACUGGAAGCCUUGAAACAGCGUUUCUGGAAGCAUGCUAAUCCAGCAGUGAAACCCAGGGCUGGUCAGAAGAUGAAUGUGAACAUCAUAGUGAAAGGCGUGGGCACUGAUGGAAAGGAAGAGCUAAAGGCAGAUGUGGUACCUGUGACUUUGGCAGCUGAGAAGCUGGAUGAAGCAAGCCACACAAAACCAGGUGAAAAGCUUCAGGUGCUGAAAGCUAAGCUGCAGGAAGCAAUGAAACUCCGUAGGCUUGAGGAGCGCCGAAAGCGCCAAGCGUUAUUUAAGUUAGAUAAUGAAGAUGGAUUUGAAGAAGAGGAAGAGGAGGAAGAAAUGACAGAUGAGUCUGAGGAAGAUGGAGAAGAGGAGGAAGGAGAUCUAGAGGAAGAAGAGGAGGAAGAAGAAGGCAGUCAGGAGGUUGCAGAAUUCCUUCUCAGUAAUGAAGAAAUAGAAACCAAAGAUGAGAAAGAAAUGGAUAAAGAAAACAGUGAUGACAGUAGUGAAAUUGGCAAGUCAGUUGGCCUUCUCUCUGUCCCCAAACCUCUGUCAUCUGAUUCUACCUUACUUCUAUUUAAGGACAACUCUUCCAAGAUGGGUUACUUUCCUAGUGAAGAAAAAUCAGAAACAGAUGAAAUCUCAGGCAAAAGGCCUAGCAAACUGGAUGAAGAUGAUUCAUGCUCAUUGCUAACAAAGGAGAGCAGCCACAAUAGCAGCUUUGAGCUGAUUGGCUCCACAAUUCCGUCCUAUCAGCCUUGCAACAGACAAACAGGCCGUGGGACCAGUUUUCUCCCCACAGCAGGAGGAUUCAGAUCUCCUUCCCCUGGGCUAUUUCGAGCCAGUUUGGUCAGCUCAGCUUCUAAGAGUUCAGGAAAGCUGUCUGAGCCUUCACUUCCCAUAGAGGAUUCCCAGGAUCUGUAUAACGCCUCCCCAGAGCCUAAGACACUUUUCCUGGGAGCAGGAGACUUCCAGUUCUGUUUAGAAGAUGACACUCAGAGCCAACUGUUGGAUGCAGAUGGGUUCUUAAAUGUUAGAAACCACAGGAAUCAGUACCAGUCUCUGAAGCCUCGAUUGCCAUUGGCCAGUAUGGAUGAGAAUGCCAUGGAUGCUAACAUGGACGAACUAUUGGAUCUGUGCACUGGAAAGUUCACAUCUCAAGCUGAAAAAACUCUGUCCAGGAAGAGCGAUAAGAAAGAGAACCUGGAGGAACUUCUAAAUCUUUGUUCAGGAAAAUUCACUUCUCAGGAUGCCUCUACUCUGGCUCCAUCAGAGUUAAAUAAGCAGGAAAAGGAGAACAGUUUGGGUGAUCCCAUGGAAGAAGCCCUUGCUCUUUGCUCAGGCUCUUUCCCCACAGACAGGGAAGAAGAAGAAGAAGAAGAAGGGGAAGAGGAAGAAUUUGGAGACUUUCGGCUUGUCCCAAAUGAUAAUGAGUUUGAUAGCGAUGAGGAUGAACGCAGUAACUCUGAUAAUGAACAUCUGGCACUGGAAGACCAUGAAGAUGAUGAUGAAGAGCUCCUAAAACAGUCUGAGAAGUUGAAAAGGCAAAUGAGAUUGAAGAAAUACCUGGAGGACGAGGCAGAAGUGUCAGGGAGUGAUGUGGGAAGUGAAGAUGAGUAUGAUGGGGAAGAUAUUGAUGAAUAUGAACAGGAAGAAAUUGAUGAAGUACUUCCUUCUGAUGAGGAGCUGCAGAAUCAAAUCAAGAAAAUACACAUGAAAACGAUGUUGGAUGAUGAUAAGCGACAGCUACGUUUAUACCAGGAGAGGUACCUUGCUGAUGGGGAUCUGCACAGUGAUGGUCCUGGACGAAUGAGGAAAUUCCGAUGGAAAAACAUAGAUGAUGCUUCCCAGAUGGACUUGUUCCACAGAGACUCUGAUGAUGAUCAGAUUGAAGAGCAGCUUGAUGAGACAGAAGCCCAUUGGAGGAAGGAAAGAAUUGAAAGAGAGCAGUGGCUUCGAGACCAGGCACAGCAGGGGAAAAUUGCAGCUGAAGAAGAAGAAAUUGGGGAAGACAGUCAGUUUAUGAUGCUAGCCAAGAAAGUUACAGCCAAAGCACUACAGAAAAAUGCCAAUCGCACUGUGGUUAUUCAAGAACCAAAGUCUUUACUCAGAAAUCCUUUUGAAGCCAUCAGGCCAGAAAGUGCUCACCAGCUGAAGACAGGCUCACUGCUAAACCAGCCCAAAGCCGUGCUUCAGAAACUGGCUGCCCUCUCUGACCUCAACCCCAGUGCGCCCCGAAAUUUAAGAAACUUUGUCUUCCACACACUUUCUCCUGUUAAGGCUGAGGCAGCGAAGGAAUCAUCUAAGCCUCAGGUAAGGAGAAAGGGUCCAUCUUUAAUGACAUCCCCUUCACCUAAGCGCCUCAAAACAGAUGAUAGUACUUCAGGAUUGAAGCAAAGCAUCUUCAGAUACUUGGAAAGCUAACACCAUCAGGGUUGAUGGCACCUAUGUUGAGACUGCUUGAGAAGUUUCUGGCAUUGAAGGUUGGAAUCGAUGUUCAUGUGGAUGAUCCCUGCCCCCCUUCCUUCAUAAUCAGUGCAUUAAGAUUAUGGACAGAGAUUCCAGUUCUUUCCACUGCAUGGCUCUGGACAUCUUUUUCCUUUCUUAGUAUUAUUUCCUGGGUUAGCCACUAAUCUUAAUUCUGCAGUGUUUACAACAAUAACUCAUGGGUACUUGGGUGAAGGCUCACUUCCUCCAUUAUAUAUUUGACAUUUUGUUCUAGCAGCCUCCUGGGUUGAUAGGGGUGGUUAGAGGAGGUUAGGUGUGAAAGGUGUGGUUAGAGGAGGAGAAGGAGAAGAAAAAAUGUGUCAUUACAGAAAAAAACAGAAAACAGUGAAUGUUGACACCAGAAUGAAUCCUUCACACACUAAGACGUGUACCACGGUGACCUGGACUCUAUGAAAGAGAGCCUUUUUAGAGGACCUGGGAACUAAUAGAUGGGCUUUAUAUUUGUCUUGCCCCUUCUAUUUUCCUGCAUGCAUCUUCCCUAGGCAGCUUCAACUUGUCAAUUAACAUUUGCUUCCCUUAUAAUAAGGACUCAGUUGGUCCCCAGUCAGAAAGAUCUUGGCCCUAAUUUUCUGGACUACAAGGAUAAAGAUAAAGGGUUACACCCAGUGUCUGUCCACAUUACAUAUCUGAUGGGGAGUGCAGAGCUCUCUCCUGGGACUAAAUUCUCAACGUGCAACAAUGUUGCUCAAGGACCUCCCUUCUCAUCGUGACACACACAAAAAUAUAACUAUUAUUUAUCACAUUCAGCUGGGUUUAUUACAUUGCCCUGACCAGAGGACACUUUAAUCUGUCAUUACUUAUUUAGAAAGAAGACCACUAUGGAGUUUAUAAUCAAAAUAUUGUUGAACGUAACUCCCCCCACUCCCAAUUUUCCCUGCAAAAUCAUGAGGCUCUUAGAACUUUAGGCAGAUCUUUUCCCCCCUUAGAACUGAGUGUCACUGCUGCUUUGGAAAAACGUCCCAUGUGAAUACUGUGGUUUCAGUGACAGGAGCUGGACUUGAGAAAUUGGAUGAAUUGUGCCAGUUUUUUAUUGGCAAAUGGGAAACACCAAUUUAAUUGCUGGAAUUAGGGUAUAGGUUUUCUACAAUUGUCUUUAAUAUACAAGAUGCUGACUUUGAGAGAAUUUGUAUAUUUGUAAUCUUUUAAUGGGGAAAAUGUAUAUAAAGAUGUUUUAAUAUGUAUGUAGUGUUUCAAUAAAUCUCAAUGCCUGAAGGCAGGGUUUGCCAUCCA